UUUUAGCUCUGUAGAGCAGCGCGUGAUGGCGGUGAGGCAGUAAUGAACGAGGCGAAGGAGAUUGCUGUAAGCGAAGAUUCGUGAAAGUGGAAGUUCCAAUUUAUGCGUGCAUUUAGUAGAAUUUCUCGUGAUCCUGUGGUUUCAAUAUAAUGACGUGAAGAAUUUUCGAACGAUGAUUGAUGCUUCAUUUCUAUUCUCAAAUAUAUUAUUGAGGACACUGCCGUAGUAUUAUUUAAAUAUUAAGAAAUGUCUUACCCUGGUCAACCUCCGAUGGGAAUACCGGGCAUGCCACCAAUGCCUUACAUGGUUGGUGCACCACCACCAAUUAUUGGUGGUGUAAUGCCUAUGGCACACAUGAUUCCAACACCCGUAUCUGCGAUGCAGACCUCAGCUCCAGCUGUUCGGUACGCGCGUAACCAGAAUCGCCACGACAAUAACCGUCGUCGUGAAAGAGAAUCUGGACCGCCGGUCACCGUGUUUAUCGGUAAUAUUAUGGAAAGAGCACCUGACGUAAUGAUCCGACAUAUCCUGGGAGCGUGUGGACAUGUGCUCUCAUGGAAGAGAGUUCAAGCAUUCGGAUUUUGCGAAUAUGCAGGUCCGGAUGCUGGUCUCAGGGCAGUUAGAUUACUCCAUGAUAUGGAGAUAGGCACGAAAAAGCUUGUUGUGAAGGUUGACGCAAAAGCUAAAGUGGUCUUGGAUCAGUUUAAAGCGGAAAGAAGAAAAAAAUUAAGAGGAGGCCAGUCACCUUUACAAGACGAAACGUCCACCGAGGGAGCAGAUGGAGAAGAAGGUGAAGAUUACAUGGACGAGGGCAUGAGAGUCGUGGAUGCGGAUGCGUUAGCUCGUAUUAAUCAAAUCAUAGCGGAACAUGCUAUUGAUCUCGAAAUGGCUCAAGCUGCUCCAGAGGAACAUCAAACGAAAAUGGUUGCAAAAUCAUUGAACUUGGACGAUGCGGAAAUAGAAGAAAGUAAGCGCGACUUGAUUACCCGAGAAAUUGGCAAAUUCAGGGAGGUCAUGAAGAAGCAGGAGGAGGAGAAGGCUCAAGUGAAACGGAAGAAAGAAGCCGUUGAGAAAGAAGAACGGGAGAAACGUGAAAAGGAGCGGCGAGACAGGCGCGAUGGAAGUAGUGCUAAAGACGAACAAGACGGAGAACCCGGUAGUCCUACGUCCCACAAGGGUCGCAGUAGUAGUACUGGAAGUAGUAGAAGAGAUAAAAGACGGUCUAAAUCUAGGUCUAAAGAACGAGACAGGGAUCGUCAGAGAGCCGAUAGAGAUCGCGAUAGAGAUAGAGAUCGGGAAAGAGACCGCGAAAGAGAGCGGGAAAGGGAUCGUGACCGAGAAAGGGAACGUGAACGUGAACGCGAGAGGGACAGAGAAAGAGAAAGGGACAGGGAACGUGAAAGGGAACGUGAACGGGAGGAAGCGAGAAAAACUGAAAGGGAAAUUAUGCGGGAAAGGGAGGAAGAGGAGGAGGCGAAGGAGAGAAAAAAGAACGAGAGAAGAGCGAGGGAGAAGGAGGCAGCUUAUCAGGAACGUCUAAGAGCAUGGGAGACGCGUGAACGGCGUAAACAAAAGGAGUACGAGAAAGAAGCGGAAAAACGCAGAGCGAAGCGGGAAGCUAGGGAAAGGGAGGCGAAACGUUUGAAAGAAUUCCUGGAAGACUACGACGAUGAAAGAGACGACGCCAAAUAUUACAAAGGCAAAGAACUUUCGCGUCGCCUGGAGGAAAGAGCACUUGAGGCGGAAGCGGACUCCCGGGAUCGUUGCGCCGAGCGUCAAGAACUUCAGCGUCUUCGCGAUAAACUUUAUGCAGAUGCAUCUCAUCCAGAUCCAGCGGCGGAAUUCGAAAGGCUGAAAGCUGAACGGGAGGAACAGUAUAAGCCUAAACCGGUAAUUACGAUAAUUGACGAAGAGGAGGAGAAAGUGGUGAAAAAAGAGGCAGAAAUUAUGCCGCCGUUAGAAACUGAACCCAUUGAGAGUGAUAGUGACGAGUGUGUACAAUUCGAUGAGAUUUCCCAACCGGAGGUGCCGCCGUCUAGAACGCCGCCGAGGCAUCAUCACCAUCAUCGUAGGCAUCAUCGCCAUCAUCAGAAUCAUCAUCGCGACGGUGAAGAGAACGAGGACGUUGUAGAAACUGACAGAGAUAGCGUUAAGGGUGCGAGAUCGCCGUCUUCACAUCAAACAGUGACAACACCAGUUCAAUCUAUGCCGCCCACGAUAGAUGAAGAUUCGCGGAUGUCUCUGGUUAGCGAACCAGAAAAAACGAGUAGUAGUAACUUCGUGCCGUUCGCCAUGGGAAGCGGAGGCAACCGUGGCGGUGACCAUGGUAUCGGUAAUAAAACUCCCGCUAGUCCGAGCACAACUGUUAACGCGAAUUCUCAACAAACAAAUCAGAAUAAAAAGAAGGGUCGGAUCGAUGUUAAAGAUGUAUUUAAUAAUGACGACGACGACGACGGUGCUAAUAAUGCGAAGAAACGGAAGCUAGUUCCUUUAGAUUAUGGUGAAGAGAAAAAGAAAAAGUCAACUGAAGAAACUCCUAAACCCGGUAAAGAAGAAAGUACAAAAAGUCAAGAGGAGAAACGGAAACACAUAAAAUCUCUUAUCGAUAAGAUACCCACGGAUAAAAACGCUUUGUUCGGAUACCAACUUGAUUGGGCAGUAAUAGAUAAUACGUUAAUGGAGAAGAGGAUAAGGCCGUGGAUUAAUAAGAAGAUCAUUGAAUACAUUGGAGAACCCGAACCUACAUUGGUAGAUUUUAUUUGUAGCAAAGUAAUGGCCGGCAGUUCUCCCCAAGGCAUACUCGACGAUGUACAGAUGGUAUUGGACGAAGAAGCUGAAGUAUUUGUAGUCAAAAUGUGGAGGUUAUUAAUUUACGAAGUGGAAGCUAAAAAAAUGGGCUUAGUUAAAUAAACGAAAUAUCAAUUUAAGUACUACUCGACUUAAAAAAUUUAUACUACACAUCAAAUUUUUUUGGUUAACAUGUACUAUUUAGGUUGUAUACCCCGAAAUACACAAUUACUUAUGUAUAAUUUGUAGGAUUCUUCACUAGGUUGGUGUUACUCGAUUCCUAGAUGAGAACUAAGUGUGUAGCAAUUAAAAUGUUAAAUACAAAAUUGCAAUUACGAUUUAUAA